GGAUCCAAACCACAGAAACCCUGGGCCACCGAAUCGGAGCAUGUGAACUUAACUACUCAGCCACGGAGCCAGCCCCUCAAAUUGUGCACUUUUAAUAUGCACAUUUUACUGUGUUAAUUAUACCUAAACAAAGAUUUGAAAAAUAAAAACAUUACAGAUAGCUGAAGCUCCACUCUGUCCUCUCUGAUGCCAUUCCCUAGGUGACUUCUAUCCUGAAUUUGAUGGUUAUCAUUUCUAUGCAUGUUUUACACUUUUAGUUCAAAUAUUUGUAUCCACAAACAAUAUAUAACAUUGUUUGCAUGUUUAAAUUAUUUCAUAAAUUGUGUUCUCUGUGCAUCCUUCUACAAUUGACUUUUUGACUCACCAUUUUUAAGAUUUAUCUCUGUGGAUUCAAGUAUCUGUAGCCCAUUAAUAGCAACUCCAGUAUUUCAUUGUGUGACUAUAGGCCAAUUUCCUCAUUGUCCUGUUGGUAAACAUUCAAGCUGCUUACAGUUUUUCCCCUAUACAGAUGCUGCAAAGAACUUCUUUGUAUCUCUGAAUACAUGUGAGAGGGGAUCUUCAGAGUAACUAUACUAGGAUGGACUUUCUGGCUAUCAGAGUUUGUGCCAGUGACACCAGCGAGGUCUUAGUGUUUCCUGUCAUUGAACUUUUAAUUGGCACAUUUUUAGAGGUUGGUUGCCAGCUUCUCUUCGUUAGUAAAAGGGGUGAACUGUUCACAUCCCUGUGUUACAAAUGAAAGAUAGAAUAAUCUGCCCAAGGGUAGCUUGGAAUGGAACAUGAUGUCAAAUAUUUUCACGCUCCUUCUUUUGCUCUUCUGUUAUGCUCUCCUGCUUCACUGAUGCCUUUGUAACAUUCACCUGCUGUGACUAGUGUUCCUGGUCACCACAAACUCCUAUGAGAGAAGUCAACAGAGCUUUAUCCAGAAGCAGCAAUUCUAUCCUAAGAGCCACCAACCCCUUUAACAUUUCUUUUGACUCCAUGGAAUGUUUUCUAAAUUUAUUAUCCCAAGCAGUAUCGUUGCACAGUUUUAAAAAUGCAGGAUUUGUCUCUAAAAUGUUCUUUAGUAUUUCAUUGACGAUAUGUUCAUCAUACUCCACUGUGGAGCUUUAUAUGUUUCUAUAUAUAAGGACUCUCCCAGGAUGUUAUUGCUGGGGGGCAUAUUUCUCUCAUAAAGGAGUAAAAGCAGAGCAGGAAGCACAAAAGGGUAGCAGGCUUGGCACUGCCUCAACAAUGAGUAGCAUUGUGCAGUCACAACUUCCCUUUGUCACUAAGCAACAGGCAGUUGACCUCUUGAGAUUCUUUUUGCUCAGACAUAGCCUCAAAAAGACAAGAGGAAAGUUGCCUUUUUCUGCCCUCUUCCUGGAAAGAUGCAAAGUGCUUUAGUAGGCUCCUGGCACAACAAUGGCUUCUACGGGCACUACAGAGGCCAAUUCAAGAGUGAAAGUGCUCGAGAAUACCGCCUUGCAGCCAAGCCCCAGCCUCCAGCAGUGUUCCUGCAACGAUGCCAGGAGCCAGUACAGCAACACUUCUUCUCCAAACAUGACAACCGCACUUCCUACGACAAAGGCCCCUACUGCCUGCUGCAGGGAAUCGGAAGACGGAAAGACCUGGAGCGUCUGUGGCAGCAGCACACCUUCCUGCGCUGGGCACCCUGUGAGCUGGAGUUGCGCCAGCAGCGGCCCCUCAAAUCCUCCUACCAGGUCGAUUUCCAGUCAGGCCCAGGACUCAGUGACCUUCCCCAGCGCCUUGUCCACUUUGUGCAGGUCCGGCCUCCCCGUUCCAGCACCACCUAUCAGCAGAACUUCUGCCAGCCAUCCCGGGGUGGCCAUUGUGGCAGCGACAACGUGGAGCCCCAGGCCCCAGUCACCGACACACUGCCUGACAUCCCGGGGAUCCCAAGACCCAAGGUGCUGCAGCAUUACCUUCAUGCUGGGGUCUCUGAGUGUCUAAACUGGUCCAGAGCAUUAAACAAGGACAGCUGACCCAGCAGCUUCUCUGUGCUUGCAGCCCAGGAGGUCUCAGAGGCUGGAGAACAGUAAGGCACUGUUAAGCCCUGUGCCUGGUGCCUGUGUGCUGGGCAGGGGAGUUGCUGCCCUGGGAACCAUGCCAGUGAGUGAAAAGGGGUUAGGCCUGCAGGAGGCUAAGUGUCCAGGAGCGUUAGCAAGGACACAGCAGGUGGGUCCAGGAUCCCAAAUUCAUUCUUGCAGCAAACCGAGCUGUGAGUUCCUUGCACUCAGUGUGGCUGCAAGGAAAGCAGACUCAAUGGCUCCUACUAAUGGGCAGCAAAGAUGGAGGAAGAGGAAAGAGCUGGUAGCUUUGCUUUCUCUGGUGGGCUAUUGCCUCUAGGGGUCUGGUGGGUGGCCAUCCAGUCCUGCCUAAGAGACAGCUUCCCCACAGCUGGGACAGAGGAAGACUGUCCUGGCCACAGCCCCACUGGACUACCCCUCUCUACGGAGGUGAGCACAGGCUUGGAGGAGAUGCUGUGUGGCAUAUACCUGGAGGUCAUCCUGACCCUGUUGUGUUUUGUUGUAGUUUUCUGAGCUCUUCUCUGGUAUUCUGUGAGUUCCCUCUAACAUCCAGGACAGUGGGGACCAGUGGUCAUCCUAUGUCACCAAAAGAGAAGCUGAGGCUUAGGUGGGGCUUAGAU